AUGUCGACAAGACAGCUUAGGAAGCUACAGAAGCAGAGGGAAUUGGAAGCAAAGACUCUCCAUGAAUCCGAAGGCAGUGAUGGCGAUGCAGAGGAUGACGAUAUCGCUCCUGUAGUGGCAAAACCUCGGGCGAAUUUGUUUGCUGCGCUGGGGGGUGAGGAUGAGGAUGAGGAUGAAGGCGGCGACGAUGUCGAGGAGAACCCUGAGCAAGCAUCAGCACCAGAUGCUCCUGUGGAAGAGCCUGUUGCUGUAGCUUCUAGCCGGAAAAAUAAAAAGAAGAAGAAGAAGAGCAAGAAGAAGACGGCUGCUCCGGCCCAGGAUGUCGAACAGAGCGAGGACGAUGAGAUCGACAGAGCCCUCAAGGAACUGAAGAUUGAGCAGCGGCCCCAAGCAGGAUCUGUCACCAGCAAUGCUCCUACAUCCCAAGGUCUCUUCAAGAUUAAUCUUUAUAAUCUCAAGGCCAUAAAUGAGAUGCGGAACCUGUUCGGCAGAGAUACGAUUGAAUCGGCAAACGCAGAAGAAGAGGAGCAGCGCCGUGGGGCACGCCAGGGAAUCAUGCCGCAACAGGUGGACUUGGAGACCUUUCUGAGAGGACCACCAAACGCCCGCAAGCUCCCUGAAGUGUCUCGAAGACGUAACAUCUUUAUCCAAGGAAGGGAGCAUUGGCCAAUGAGCACCACUGGGGGUUUGUCCUUGAAAGAACUCGGCAAGACUGCUGAUGGAAUCGAGUAUACCUAUGCGCAUGCCGCGGAAUAUGAUGAAAUCCAGGCCUUGUUUUUUGCACAAGUGCAAAUGGGAGAUCCUAUGAGAAUGGUGCAUCUUCUCAGCCAAUUUCCAUACCACGUCUCAACAUUACUGCAAGUAAGCAGUGUAGCAAAGCAAGAUCAGAACAUGGCACUCGCUGCAGAGCUGUGUGAGCGCGCCUUGUUCAGCUUCGGACGAGUAGCCCCCUCGUCCUUCAAACAGAGUCUCGAACAAGGAAUGGCUCGGAUGGACUUUAGGAGACCAGAGAACCGUCAGUUUUGGCUGGCAGGGUACCACUACAUCAGGAGCCUCAUAAGAAAAGGCACUUAUAGGACGGCACUGGAGUGGGCCAAGCUUUUCUACUCUCUAGACCGUAGCGAUCCUUAUGCGAUGAGGCACUUGAUUCACUUCUUAGCCAUCAGGGCGCAUGAAUCGAAGUGGCUUCUCGAUUUCUUACACCAUCUAGAGACAGAGGGCGGCCGGGACGACACGGUAUAUAUCCUGCAGAGCCGAGUAUUGGCGAUGCUGCAGAUGGGCGACCACCAGCAGGCAAGGCAGUAUCUCAUCGAGGGCAUGCAGCGAGUGCCCUGGCUAUACUGUGCACUAUUCCAAAGCCUGAAUGUCGAUACCCCACCGUCUGUCUGGGGCAUCCAUUACGAGACGGAGACGACUGAGUUCUGGGUGAAGUUGUACCUAUAUCAGUCUAAGGACUUGUGGAACAAUCCACAGGCAACACAGCUUUUACUGGAUGUGGCCAAGAGUAUUGACCGGGUAGACGCGAAGUCACUACCAAAAGACGAGCAUCCGAUUGAUUUGGACGUGGCCCGAAUGGCCUACAUUGACGGGCAGACGUCUCUCCUCUCACUGGUACCGCGGAGCAUGCUGGAACAACAACCCAACUACGAAUUCGAUCCCCUGCCGCCGGCAGAGAAAGAUAAUAUCUUCACGGGAGAAGGAUGCAGGCUCCCUUGG